AUGAAAUGCACGUUGCUGGUUUUAACUCUUUCUAACGUCACUGCCUGGGCCGCUGCCAGUCCAGCUUAUGGGCUGGCUGCUCGCGUUGGGGCCCGCACCGAACGCAACCGUCUCUCUCAUAUCAGACUUCCCGCCAGUUCACCUAAAGAUAUCCCCGGACUUGAAUCCACCAACCAAACUAAUAUCGAUUUCUCCUGUAACUGGGCUGGCGCUGUGCUCGCUGCGCCUCCCUCAGGGACUAUUUUCACGUCCGUUUCCGCCGAGUUUACUGUGCCGAUCCCUAGGACUGUGAAUAACCGAGCUGGCUCUUCAUCCGCCUGGGUUGGGAUUGAUGGCGAUACUUACCAAAAUGCCAUUCUACAGACAGGUAUUGACUUUUCUGUUACUGCAGACGGCUCUGCUUCCUUUACUGCCUGGUAUGAGUGGUAUCCGGAUUAUGCCUAUGACUUCUCUGGCAUUAGUAUCCAAGCCGGAGAUACAAUAUUUGUUCUGGUGAGGUCUAGCUCUUUCAGUACCGGAAUUGCAAUUAUUGAAAACCUCACAACCGGGGAAAAGGUGGCGCAAACUCUUACCGCACCUCAUGCGUCUUCGACGUUAGGCGGCCAAAAUGCGGAGUGGAUUGUUGAAGAUUAUAAAGAAGGCGAUGGCUUAGUCACACUUGAUAACUUCGGCCUGGUUGCUUUUAGCAACGCUCGUGCUGGGUUGUCGGAUGGAAGUCCUGUUGGAACGGACCGCGCAAAUAUUGUGGAGUUGAAGCAAAACGGUAGAGUUUUGACCUCCGUCUCCGUCCCAAGUGCGUCUGAGGUCAUCAUCACUUCCAGGUCUUGGCCGGAAGGUCUCUAG